AUGUUUGACCCUAAAAUUUUAGAUAUCCCAGCUGUGAUAUUUGACAACGGAUCUGGAUUAUGCAAGGCUGGUAUUGCAGGGGACAGUGCACCGAGGUCAGUUAUUACAGCAAUUGUUGGUCGCUCGAAAGCCAAAGCAACGAUGCUCGGCGCAGGGCAGAAGGAAUUUUAUGUUGGAGAAGAAGCCCAGUCCAAAAGGGGUGUCUUAAGUUUGAAUUAUCCAAUCGACCAUGGCAUAGUUACGUCCUGGGAUGACAUGGAGCGGAUCUGGAGACAUGUCUACGAGUGUGAGCUGAGAAUCAAAGCUAGCGACAGGCCGGUGCUGCUGACGGAGGCCCCGCUCAAUCCCCUGCGGAACCGGGAAAAAAUGACUGAGAUCAUGUUCGAGGGCUUUAAGGUGCCUGCCAUGUAUGUCGCAGUGCAGGCGACCUUGGCGCUCUACGCCUCAGCACGCACCACGGGGAUAGUCAUGGACAGUGGAGAUGGCGUUACCCACACCGUGCCCGUCUACGAAGGGUACUGCUUGCCCCAUGCUGUUUCUAGGUUGGAUAUCGCAGGCAGGGAUAUCACUGAAUACUUCAUGAGACUCCUUUUGGAAAGUGGCCACUCCUUCGUGAGCACAGCCGAGAGGGAGAUCGUGAAGGACAUCAAGGAGAAGCUGUGCUACGUGGCUUUAGAUCCCGUCCAGGAAAUGAAAGCAAAGCCGGAAGAAAUCCUCAAAGAGUACAAACUGCCUGAUGGAAAUAUCAUUAAGAUCGGCAAUCAGCUCUUUCGAGCCCCAGAGACCCUUUUUUUGCCCGCUAACAUUGGUAUUGAAGCCCCCGGGGUGCACAAAAUGAUCUUCAACAGUGUGAUGAAAUGUGACAUUGAUGUUCGCAGGAAUCUUUAUGGCAAUGUGCUUCUUUCCGGUGGGUCCACCCUCUUUCCUGGACUGGAUGAACGGAUCCUGAGGGAGAUGCAGCGGCAGGUGCCCAUCGGGAUGGCCGUACGGAUCAUCGCACCGCCCGAGAGGAAGUACUGUGUGUGGAUUGGGGCCUCCAUCCUCACUUGCUUGUCAUCUUUUAAACAAAUGUGGGUCACCGUCAGUGAUUACAAAGAGUUUGGUGCAGCUGUAGUUCACAGAAAAUGCUUUUAA